AUGACACAAACAAUUAUUGCUUUGCCAAUAAAUAAUGUUAAACUACUCGAAGAAAUAACAGAUAUAAUAUUUGAUCGAGCUUUAAGAAGACAAAAUUAUACACAUGUGUUAUCACUGAUAAAUGACUCCAAGUUUAAUAAACUUGCUACAGAUACUAAAACUGCAUUUCAAAAAGUCCUACUAAAAAAAUGUUCUGAUGUGUUUUAUACUUUAAUAUAUCAACAAGAAUUAAACAAAUUAAAAGAGAAGAUGAAAAAUGAUAAGAUGGUACCAAAAAGGUGUAUAUCCACUUUAAAUAAUUUUCAAUUCAAUUUUAAUAAAAAAUCUAUAUGCAAUUGCAAAUUCAUUGACGAACUCUUAAGAAAAAGUGCUUUUUCAAAAAAAGUUAUUUUGUCAUGCAUUACAGAUUUAAGUAAAGAAAAUGAUGAAAAUAAUGAACUACAAAUGCAUUGUUUAUGUACAAUACUACAAUUAGUACGACCAAUAUCAUCAAAAACAAAUGAUUUGAACAAACCAGUUAAUAAGCUUGUAUCCUGUAUAAAUAACCAUGGCAUGUCAUCGAUACUAAAAUGUUUAAUACAGCAAGUAAAAAGAAUACAUCCCAAGGGUUGGAAGAAUGAGGGUAAUUGUUUUUAG